AUCUCUUACCUGCUUCGCUAACAAACACUGGACAUGCUGCUGGCGUUCUGUCCACAUUUACUGAGGUUUAACACCAGUUUUCUAGCCGUCUUUAGGAUUUUCUUCCUUUAUUGUCAUCUUUUCUUUGUCUGUGAUGUUUUACAAGAGAUCUUAAAUGGAAUAACUCUGCCUGUGGAAGUGGCAUAUAGGGAGAUUUUCUCUAGUUUUCUUUCUCCAUCUUCACCUCUGUUCUCUCAGGUCUUCGUGUUCUCGGCACAGACAGGAUGACAUGGCGUCCUCAGUACCGUAGUUCCAAGUAUCGCCAUGUGUUUGGAAAGCCGGCCACAAAAGAGAACUGCUAUGAUGGUGUCCCCAUCACCCGGAGUGUUCAUGACAAUCACCUCUGCACCGUCAACCCUCGCUUUAUCGCCGUCAUCACUGAAUGUGCAGGGGGUGGGGCCUUCCUGGUACUGUCCAUCAAUCACACCGGCAAGGUUGACCCUCAUCAUCCGAAGGUUUCUGGUCACAGAGGCAAUGUACUUGACAUCAAAUGGAAUCCCUUUAAUGACUUCUGCAUAGCAUCUUGUUCAGAGGACACCACAGUAAAGAUCUGGGAUAUCCCUGAACAUGGUGUUUUGAAGAACAUGACACUGGCUCGGAAGGAGCUGCAGGGUCAUUCACGACGUGUCGGACUUAUUGAAUGGCAUCCCACUGCUAACAACAUCAUUUUCAGUACUGGCUAUGACUAUCAGGUUAUGGUGUGGAAGCUCGAUGUUCCUGAACAGGUGAUCAAGAACCCUCUGCGUUCCAUCAGUGUGCACUCAGACGUGGUUCUUUCCAUGUCUUUUAACACAGACGGCAGCAGACUCGCCACCUCUUGUAAGGACAAGAAGAUCAGAGUGAUUGACCCACGUACUGGCACACUUUUACAGGAGACCAACUGCAAAUCACACAAAGCCAGUAAAGUGCUAUUUCUUGGAAACCUGAAAAUGCUCCUCUCUACGGGCAAUUCACGCUGGAACCAUCGUCAGAUUGCACUCUGGGAUCAGGAGGACCUCUCUCAGCCGUGUUAUUCCGAGGACUUGGACGGCUCCUCUGGUGUUCUCUUCCCGUUUUAUGACCCUGACACACACAUGCUUUACAUAGCUGGAAAAGGUGACGGAAAUAUCAGAUAUUAUGAAAUCAGCCCAGAGAAGCCAUAUGUGCACUAUUUGACUGAAUACCGGUCUCUUCUACCACAGAAGGGAAUGGGUGUCAUGCCAAAGAGAGGUCUUGAUGUGUGUUCCUGUGAAAUCUUCAGAUUCUACAAGCUAGUGACAAUCAAAAGUCUCAUAGAACCUCUAUCCAUGAUUGUUCCACGAAGGUCAGAGUCCUAUCAAGAGGACAUUUACCCCAUGACAGCUGGGAACAAGCCUUCUGUGACAGCAGAUGAGUGGAUCGCUGGUCUUGACAAAGGUCCUGUGAUGAUGUCUCUGAGGCCUGGAAGUAAACUGGAGUCAUAUGUGGACCCGGGCUCAGAAAAAGACCCAAUAGGCUCGAUGGAGGCACAGCAUUCUUGUAGUCGGCCAGGACUAUCACCACUGAUUCAGGAACGGCUGGAUGCCAAAGAAGGGAACACACGCAAACUAUCCCCUCCUACCUCGCUUUUCCCAUCCACAAAUGAAAAGAGCAGCUCUACAACCUACGUCAGCAACGGACAACUAGAUUCCACACACUGCUCGCCACCAAAAACAGAGAAUGAGCUACGACAAAUGUUUUACAAGCAGCAGGAAGAGAUCCGAAGGCUGAAGGAGCAGCUUAACCAGAAGGAUGUGCGGAUAAAACAGUUGGAAUUGGAGAUCAAAAAUGUGAGAAACUCACAAGCCAAUCUUUAAAAGAAAGUAAUACAGCCCAGUGUCAAAAGCCUUGUCUGCUUCACUAACAUUCAUUCAUAACAUAUGUUCUGCCUCAUGAAUUAUGCUGUAAAGGUGCGGUCACAUGUACAGAAGGUUAGUCAUUUCUAGAGGAAUCCUUGUGAUCGGGAGUUUCAUUUGAUGGCAAAACAGUUGCCCUCAGAGUUUGUGUUCAAGUUAGUCACACAAAUUUGAGCCACUGACCAAAAGCAAGUUGCUUGGAUUGAAAGGAGCUUCAUGCAUCGCUACACUUGUGACAAUGGACAGUAGACCUUUUUGCCCACGAAAAUUUCACUAAUGUGACCACACCUUAAGGAAACACAUGGGCUACAUUCACAUUUCUAGUGUCUCUUUAUGGAAAGUCAUUCCUUGUAUGCACGUUUUGUGCACAUAUAUACUGUACAACCUUCUCUGAGAUUUUUAUUAGACUUUAGCACUAUGCAAAUGUUUGUUGUUUUUUAGCUUGUGAUCAACAUUUUUUUUUUUUUUUUACUAUUUUAAAAAUGGCCUAAAUGAACAUAUGUGUGUUUUGUUUUAUAAAUUGGGUUAUUUGAGAUUUGGCUUGUAUAGAAUUGUAAUGAAUUUUUUUUUUUCAGAUUAUUUUCUAUUUAAAUCUCUGUGCAAAUGGAUGAGCAAUGUGGGAUAAAAGUUUGAUAAUUAUGCAAAUGGAAAUUUUAAGAACAUUUGAAAAUGUGCAUUGUAAUAUUAUGUUUAAGAUAUUUAGUUUUCUGUGUGUUCAAAUGCUUAUAAAAGAGUUUACCAAAUCCCAGCAUGCACUGAAGUGGUAGCGUUGUGGGAACUGGCUGGGGUUCACACAAUAUCUGAGGAAAAUCGGGUUUAGGUUCAGUUAUUCAAGCAUUAUGGACCAUCUACUGAGUGCAACGUGCUUGCUAUGAACUGCCAAACUGGUCAAAAUGCAUGAAAGUACCACCUCAUUUUUUUGGUUUACCGUGUUUAACUCAAAAUUUUCACACACAAAAAAAGAAAAAAGCUUUUCACAAAUUUGAACAAGCCAUACUUUUUACAAAUUAUUUGAAUAAUGUUCUGUUUAUAUAUGGAUCUGUAUAUGCACACAUCAGAAUAUAUAAUCGAAUAAGAGCUGAAAUAUUUCAAGAUAUAUACUAAAUGUUGUCCAAACAACCUUGAUUGCGGUCUUUUCUUUUUAAAUCCUAAACUAAAAUGAAUACAAUAAUUUGGGAUAAAAGCAGAUAAAAUAGCAAAAUAAAGAGGCUUUUGGAGACUCAAUAACGCAUUCAAAUAAAUGAUUACCACAACUACACUCGUAUAUGAACUAAAUUAAUAUAUAAACUAACAAUGAACAAGACAUUAUUUAUUCAUCUUUGUUAAUUUCAACAU